AUGUCAGAUUACGAGGAUAACGCUUUUAAUGAGGUAGCAGAAAACUUUGAGGACUUUGGAGAGCCAGACCAUUUUUCCGAUGACGAGUAUAUGGAGCAUAAUGGCGGCGAUGCCGAUAUGAAGACCGAAGAUGGAAAACAGAUAAUUAAUGGAGGUACAGGUCCCGAGGAUGCUGCCGCCGCUGCUGCCGCCGCUGCUAAUAGUAACAAUACAGAUCACCAGACGGCCCCACGGAAGAAAACGACGAGAGAACUAGCAAUACCCAAAGAACAAAGAACAACUACUCCAUAUAUGACUAAAUAUGAGCGUGCGCGGAUUUUGGGGACUAGGGCUCUACAAAUUUCGUUAAAUGCCCCAGUAUUGGUGGAUAUUGAAGGUGAAACUGAUCCACUACAAAUAGCGAUGAAGGAGUUGGCACAGAGAAAGAUCCCAUUGGUUAUUAGAAGAUACCUUCCGGAUGGAUCUUAUGAAGAUUGGGGGUGUGACGAGUUGAUUGUUGAUCAUUAG